AUGUUGACCAAUCAGGAGCUCUUCUUCGAAGCCAUGCAAGCAUGCCAUCGGAACAGCGACAGCAUCCUGGCCUUGGUGAGCAAAGUCUGUGCCAAGAUGAGCCUUGAAGAUGCUGCCGCGCAGUGCGAUCAAGUCCGUGAGGACUUGAACUACACGAACGCAAUCUUUGCAACUUUGAAUGAUGCUUGCAUGGCGGACCUGUCGCAAGUCUUGGCUGAUAUGAAGAAGUUCGCAGCAGAAGUGGUAGCUCAGGAGGUGCAGAAGAAGAUGUUUUUGCCUGGUUCCCAGGCUGGUGCAGACACUGAUUCCUCCAGCCCUCCCGGCUUGGACCUGGAUGCCUCCAAGACGGACACUGCCCAGAAGAUGGUAGUCCCUUACGACACGGAGAUGGAGGCUUUCAAGGCUGCCGACGCCUCCAUGAAGCCGGUUUGUGAUAUGGCUUGGGCCCCGCAUCUGGAAAAGGAUAGCUGGAGGGGUCAGAUGGACGAGGACAUGCGCAGCCUGCGCGAGCAGCUGCAGAGCUUGGCAGAGAAGGUGGAUGCCAACGCAGCUAGCAUCCAGUGCUAUGUGGACGCUUCGACAUCAGUUGUGUUCCAGCACGUCGCUGAACUCGCUGAGAAACACCAGCACCGCAAGGACCUGGAGGCGACUGAGACUAUCCAGGGUCACCGCGACAUGCACCGUCGGGAGAUUGAGAACAGGACCGCCCAAAUGGAGGCAGAAGGGUGGGAGGAGGACUGCCCGGCUGGGGCCACGUGCUCGGUGAAGGCUUUCCAGGUCAAUGGUCUGGAGAUGUCUGGAGUCCCGAGUCCCUAUCCUAGGGGCGCGGGACACCGCUUUUGA